AUGGAGGAGGCAAAAGCGUCCCUUAAGAUGUCGAGGAAAUGUGGAGCAGAAGCAGAGCUGCAGAUGUUGGCAGGCAUGAUGGAAAAUGAAGGCAAGAGGAAAAGGAAGAAAUUGUCACACUCGCCCCUUUUACUGAUUAACGUAGUGGCUCAAGUUUUCGAGCAAGUGUUGGGCUUAGACUCAAUACUAUUCUUUGGACCAUUACUUCUGCAGUCAGCUAGAUACACCUAUAAUGCCUCAUUCGUCGCUCCGCUCAUUGCAGGAGUUGUUCGAGCUGGAGUUGCUGGACUCACUUAUCCGAGUUACAGCUUCUUCGGCCGACGCAUGACUCUAAUCUCGGUUUCCUUGCUGGGUCUCUUCCUUUUAGUAGGAGACCAUAUCUUUCAACUGAGCGAAAAGAGUAUCUAUGUUGACAUGGCAUUUGCCAUCCCCCUCAUAGACUGCUAUUCAAUGUUUAUGGGGCCUUCUGAGUGGACUGAAGAAUCGUACGCUGAAGAGAUAAGUGCGUUAGGCGCAUGCUGGGAGACGAGCAUAUCUUACCUCAUGUCCCUAAUCAUGAAACCAUCCGUUUUGCUGCUCCUUUGUGAUCUCAAGGCUUGGAUAUUCAUGCUAUUUGCUACUAUGACAUUGGGAAUGUGCUUCUCAAUUUAUAAAGUUUUGCACGAGAGAGAAAAGAAACAUGGCGAAGGAGUUGAGGAAGAUCUCUUCAAAUAA